GACCUAAGAACUCUGCCACCCCCACACCUUCCUUCCUUUCGCCUGUCACGUAACGCCGGGAAGGAGGAGGUAACCUUACCGCGUAGAUACCAACUCAUCAACGGGUCUCCUUUUCACUGCCCCUUUUCGGCAUUCGGGCCCAUCAGAAUCCCCUCGACGGCGAUGGCGCUGGACAGUGGCGGUGAGAAGAAGAGAGGCGACCGGCGACGAUCCGUGUGGUUUCAGCCCGGGGACCCGGUGGAGGUCCGCAGCGACGACGACGGCUUCCUCGGCGCGUGGUAUGAGGCCACUGCGGCCUCCAGCCUUCCCCAGCACCGCGUCGAGAUCGUCUACUCCUCCCUCGUCGACGACGACGACCCCUCCCUUCCCCUCCGUGAGAUCGUCCUCGUCUCCCAACUCCGUCCCCGACCACCGCCGACGAACCCUUCCCGCUGCCAGCACGGCCUCCACGAUCUCGUCGAGGCCUUCCACCAAGACGGCUGGUGGGCCGGCGUCAUCUCCGCCAUACUCCAUACCACCGGCCGCUACAUCGUCGCCUUCCCUACGAGCCGGGAGGAGCUGGAGUUCGACGCGUCCGAGAUUCGAUCCCACUUGGAGUGGACCGAUCGCCAUUGGGUCCCCUUCGGCGAUGUGAGAGUUGAAGAGGCAGAGUUCGCUGCCGGAGCUCGGAUUGAAGUCAGCCGUAACCUAGAAAUCGGUGUCUCGGCAUGGUUUUCCGCUAGUGUCACGCAAGUGCUCAGCAUCAGUACCUAUUUGAUAGAGUACGAGAGUCUGACCUCAGUGACAACCGGCGAGCUUCUGGCUGAGUUUGUCGACGUUCAGUACAUCAGGCCGUGCCAGCUAAAUGCAAUGUCGGUGAAGGAUUUUGCCCCUCGUGAUGAGGUAGAAGUGCCUCUCCAUGGUGGGUGGGUGCCGGGAGAGAUUUCAAAGAUUCUCAAGGAAUCUCGCUGCAUUGUCAAAGUCAGGGACACUAGGUCGGUGACGGUGUUUAAUCUUGAUCAGCUUAGGCAUUCUCAAUGUUGGGAUGGUCACCGGUGGGUUUUCACGUUUCAGCAAAAGACUAGAAAAUCACAAGGCAGUUCUGUUUCUGGUAACCGAAAUCCACAAAAUCAAAAAAGAUGCAGUCUUCUUAGUUCAUCAGCCCCUUAUAAAGGUGAAGGUGAGGCCUCUUCUGAAUCUGGGGGGUUUAAGUUGAAUCAGAAGCAUAAGAAAGCAAAUUUAUGUUCUGGACCUUCACAAAAUUCCAAAAAGUUAAAGAAAGACAAGUCACGGUGCGAUCAUGUGAGGCCACAAUGCGACUUAAUGCCUGAAGGCCCUUCAACUCCACUGUCUGACAUCGGCAUUUGUUCUUUAGUGCAAGAGACUAGAAGAUCACAAGGCAGUUCUGUCUCUGUUAAACGAAGUCCACGAGGUCAGAAAAGAUGCAGUCUUCUUAGUUCACUGCCUCCUUCUAAAUGUGAAGGUGAAGUUACAUCUGAACUCGGGGGACUCAAGUUGAAUCUGAAGCACAAGAAAGCAAAUUUACAGUCUGGGCCUUCACAAGGUUCCAAAAUGUUCAAGAAAGCCAAGUCACAAUACAAUCAUGUGAUGCCACAACAUCAGUUAAUAUCUCAAGGCCCUUCAACUCCAAUGUUUGUGAUAGAUAUUUGUUCUUCAAUGCCACCGGUGGAUCCUAGCUCCUCUACUAUAAGCCCGUCUUCUAGGGGAACUAUUGCUGAACUUGAUGCAUCUAUAAGGGAUGUACCUGGAUUAUCUAUUGAGGAGGAAGGUCUUGCAAAUGCCAGCCAUCAGCUAUCAAAGCAUCAGCCAGAUGUAACUGAAGUUGAUGGCACACCUAUGGGUUAUAAAGCUAAUGAUCAUCUCCAUCUUCUAGAAUGGAUGAACUACAAUUUGGAUUAUGCUUUGAAUACAAAAGUUAAGAAGAAAAGAACUAAGCUUGUCGCUAAAUCUCGAAAACUGCAAAAGAAUUUCAGUAAUGAUGGUGUGCUAAAGCAAUUACAAGACGGGGACAGCAAAAUGUUAAGAGAAGAACAGAUGAGUAUAUCAUUCAGCCACUUGCAUGCGCCUGUGAGAAUGAACAUUAACAAUAUCGAGAAAUCGGAUACUAAUCAAGUCGUAUUGAGCAAUUAUAGUAGAGCUAAUGAUGACUUAUCGGAUCAAGAUUUAUACAGUGCUGCAUCUCAACCUAUUACCCAGCAGAAUAAACUUAUAAUGUAUCAAGGGUCCCCAUCAAGUGCUGAUAUAGAAGAUAUAGAAGCUAGAUGUGUCAUUUGCAUGGAAGGAUUGAGUGAAAACAAUCUAACUGGCAGCUUCUUCAUUCCUAAAUUUUUAGCAGAUGUCACAUUGAAUUCAGUUAAUGAUGCUGCUUCUAAUGAGAUCUAUAACAAUGUAACAGUUCACAUUCAAAGUCAGAUUGCCCCAUCAGUUCUUGCAGAAACUUGCACUGAAAUUGCUCAUAAUCAAACUCAGUCAAAGGUAGUUGCUCUCGAGGGUGCUGCUGCUCUCAUUGUUCACUCCAGUGGGUCACUAUUGAAAGACAUAGCAUUGCCGUUCUCAAAGACUUCCUGCCUGUGGAAACAAAUAGAAUCAAUGGAAAUAUUCCAGGUUAUGCCACAACAGCCACAUUUUUGCAUUCUGGAGCAGUACACUAUGGAGCUUCGAGAAGGGAUGGCCAUAGGGCUUAUGGUAUCUUUUGCAAACUUGGCCACUGAUAUACAGAAGUUGCAUAUUGAUAGAGAUGAAGCAUCUCUGGACGCAAAGAUGAAGGCUCUUUAUCAUUUUGAAAGUAAUGGAUUCAGUGUUGAUUUUCUACGGGCUCGCCUAGAGAAAUUGCGAGAGCUUCAAAUAUAUCACAAGGGGUGUUUGACUAGAAAAGCAGAAGUGGAGGGAAAAAUUAUUGCCAAAAUGGACGAUAAGAGUAUGAUAGACUCUCAAUUUAUGGACCUUGAUAGAUCUAUCAAGAAUCUGAGAGAAUACCUUGCCUGCUUCCAAGAGAGAAAAGAUUCAGCUAUGAAUCAGAUAAACAGGUACGAGUUCGAAAUUGCCAAAUUGAAAAUUGUACUGAAUGAAGUUGAAGAAGCAAAAGUUGCUGGCGAGUUAAAAUUCUCCAAUAUUUCAUCUGCUCCAUGGUGAAUGGCAAGUGCUGAAGUUUAGUAUGGUUCUGUUGCCUUAUAUGAUCUUAGGAUGUGUAGUUUAUUAGAACUUUGUUCUGUCUUGUGAAAUAUAUUAUGUAGUUAUGAACUACUUAGUUUUUAAGUAUGUAUGUGACUAAAAGCCGGUGUUGGUCAUAUCAUAUUUUGGCCAUGUUAUGGUGAAGGGGAGCUUUGGGUAACCUUAACGUUGCUGCUGCCUUGUCAUCCGGAAGUCACUGGUUUCGAGUUGCAUUAUUAUUAACAAUAGAUUCAAUAUGGUUCGAUUA